UGAGCGGAAGCGAAGAAAUUCGAGGUGGAACCCGGACUCCUGAUACCAUGAAAGACAAUGAAUUGGGAAAAAUGGUGAAUGAUUAAUGGGAGCAAAGGCUCAAGUACAUAUAGGCAAGGAUGUUCACUGGAGUAGGGAAUAAUCCUAUCAGGGAGAAUCCUUGCCUAUUAUAACCAAUUAACCAAACCAGGGGGAGGCGCACAAGGCAACAAGCCUGUGCAGCCGCACCACCCUAAACCCAAGGGUCUUGCCUAACAUAGCAAGAUCCCUGCCUAAUAUAGCCCACGCUAACAAUUACUCACCCAACUAUAUUAAUUACUGAAUGUGCAAAAGGUGAAGAACAUACAAGCAUGUAUUGAGGCAGCAGUUGAAGCUGGUUUCCUAACACUCUGCAUGGGAAAGAAUGCCAUACACUAACAUACCCCAACAAAACGAUAGCAAGUCUUGUGGUGUCUAUGUUAUCAAAUAUAUGUUGGAAUGGAACGGAAUUCAAAUGCGUAACAAUUUUACACAGGAUCAAAUGGACAUUUUCCGAAGAAAGAUAUGUUGCAGGCUGUUGCGUUCAGAAAACAACAAAUGUCGAAAAGCAUCAUACAAGGAGCCUCUCACAAAAGAACUUUACUUGGCUGCAAAUCCAAAAGUUAGUGGAUCAGAUGGUGAAGUAUGCAUAAUCGGCACAAGAACUGGUAACAUAAACCACAAGACCGGGAAAAAGUCAGAUAAUAAGACCAACAACCCAAAUGAUCAAGCAAAACCGUCAAAAGCCCAGAAGAAAUGGGGCCGACCAAGGAAAGAUGGGCACAAUACCAAGGCUAUCACAAAAAAUGGAACCAACAAAAGUGAGAUGUCAACUGUUGCACGUGAUCCUGGUGCUAACAAAAGAAUCUCCAAUCCAAGCCAGUACAGGAAGAGCCCUUACAGCAAAUCCUAGAGUGUCAUCACUACUUUAGUUCUACCAGCAUCUUUUACCAUUGGCUACGAGCAUCAUGUGCUUUAGUUUAAAUUUGUACAGAGAUGAAGUCAUAUUAUUGAUUACAUUGUUACUUUUAGUGGGACUAUAAUUUUUCAUCCUUCAAUAGCUCAUUUUUUUCCAACACAAAUGUGUAAUAUGUUUUCAUCUUUUCUAAAAAAUUGAGUUAUUACCAUCUUAGCACAUUGUUAUCGAGACAGGUGGAGAAACACCAAAGG